AAUGCGCUUUUUCAUCCGUGGCUCCGUUAGCUAGAUCACGAUAACUCAACGUAACGCCCAGACAAGGAGAAUUACUAAUUUGGAUUUCCCGCUUAAGCACAUUCUCUCUCUCAUCAACCUCAAACUUUUUUUCGCCCCAAAAGAUUUCAAGAAAUUCAAGAAAACGCCAUGGUAUCUAAUGUAAGGAUUUUAGGGGGAGAAAACAUAAGCAUUCUCAAUUUCAUAUGUAUACUGGAAAUCGAGAAAGAUAAUGGCGAGGAAUUCCAUAUGUGGUACCAGCCGGUGAUACCACUUGCAGUAGAAGCACCGUCGAUUACACCGAAGAAGAUGGAUAGUCGGUUGAUGGUUGAAGGUCACCGUACGGUGGGCGACUGUAGGCUCCAAUAUCUCUCCUCCUUCUUUUGUAAUUUAGGGUUAGUAACUUUGGAGGAAUGGAUUAUGAAUCUUAGGGUAGAGGUGGGUAUGAGAUUCCAUGGGUAUGAGAUGGAAAUAGAACCCCCUUGGAAUGAGACUCCAUUCAAAAAAGGCCCAUCCAAACAAUAAAAUUGAUGGAAUGGAUUCUAACUCCAUUCCAAUCCAUUCCAUAAUGGCCAACCAAACGACCCCUUAACCUUUUUGUAUAUAUAUAUAUAUAUACGUCUAAACUUUACGUUCCUUUUUCAAUUA